UGAUGCUUAUAGAUGCAAAUAAACUAAAUCAAAUUGAUGCUUAUAUAUUUGAUUUACUCAUAAUAUAAUUUUAUGUAGAAUAAAUCAUUAUAUCAAAAUCUACCAACAUUUAGAUACCAUAUAUCAGAAACAAACAACUAAUUAUUAAAUUCCUUCCAAUUAAUCUCCGUUUUACUUGACUUUAGUCAACUAAAAGGAAGCUUCGUCUUCUCUCUCAGUUAAUCUCCGUUUAUUUGACUUAUGCUGCAUGUGACCAUUUCCAGCUGGAGUUCUUUCUCUUCCGAGCUCUGUUUCUCAUACUGUUCAGUUGUUCUGCUCUCACAACCUCGAUCGUCGGUGCCAUGGCGGAAUUAGUUGUAGGUCCAAUCAUGGAGAAGAUAAUCAACGUUUGCUCUGAUUACCUGGAAGAUGAAGUCGGACAGCAGACGGGCAUGAAGAAGGAACUGGAAAGGCUGCGAGAGAAUCACCCGAAGAUCCAAGCUGUCGCCUUCGCCGCUAAACAAGCACAAAUCAGCGAUCAGAACCCGGCUUUCAACAAAUGGAUAUGGCAGCUGCGAGAUGCUAUUGAUGAGGCGGAUGAUGUGCUCGAUGAGUUUGAGUACACAAAGCAUAAAGAACAGCUCACCAAAAACACGGAAGAAAUAAAUGUGCGUUCGGCCACCUGCAGGAGCUUCCUAUUUGAUUCUGCUCGCGAAUAUAUGAUCAGAAAAGAAAGUUCAUGAGCAUCCUAUUUGAAAGUCGUCAUAAAAUUCUCAAAAUUGCCGAACGUGCUCUCAAAAGGGAUCCCAACUUGAAGCGACUGGAGGAGGCUGUGCAGAAACUUGAUAAAGUUUCGGCUGAUGUUACUACUUUCCUUCAUCUUUUAGACAGCGCGAAGCAGGAACAGAAGGAGCAGGAGGUUCAUUUCUACAAAACACGUGAAACAGGAUAUUUGCCUAAAAAUGAUCUCAUCGGGCGGCGCAAGGAGAAGGAGCUUGUUAUGGAGUGGCUGAGUCCAUCAAAUGAGCCUUGGGGAACUGAUUUGUACAGAAACAUUUCUCUUCUAUCUAUAGUGGGCCAUGGUGGUAUGGGGAAGACAUCUCUCUUGCAACAUGUUUAUAAAGAUGAUGAAAUUACAAAGGAAUUUGAUUUUCGAAUGUGGGUUUGUGUUUCCAACAACUUUGAUGUGAAAAAAGUCAUUGCAGAUAUGUUAGAAUCUCUUAAGAAGGAGAGGCCUCGUUUGGAGACACUUGGGGAACUUCAAGGGUGUCUCGAGGAGGAGGUGAUGUCUAAAAAGUUCUUACUUGUGUUGGAUGAUAUUUGGGAGGAGGAUGACGAGAAGGAUAAAAACAAAUGGGAGGAUGUGCUUGCCCCUCUAGCUUAUGGGGGUUUUGGUAGUAAGAUUCUGGUAACAACUCGAACGGACUCAGUUGCACUGAUGUUCGUAAAGGUAAUUAAAAAGAAGGAGAAAAUAGUUAAAUUAGAAGGCCUCGAGGAAGAUGAGUGUUUGGAGCUCCUCAACUCUCAUGCAUUUGCUGGUGUAGAGAACCCCCCUGAUGAUCAUAAAAAAUUAAGUGCCAUUGCUCGAGAGAUAGUUAAAAAGCUUUUAGGAUCUCCAUUGGCAGCUAAAGUCAUUGGUGGUGUUCUGAAGGACAACUUGGAUGACAAGCAUUGGAGGAUAGUUCUAGAAAGCAAUUUAUUGGAUCAGAAUUCUAUCCAUUCCAUCUUAAGACUGAGCUAUAUAGUUCUGCCAAAUCAUUUACGAAAUUGUUUUGCAUUUUGUUGUAUGUUCCCACAAGAUCAUACGUACCAUAAAGAUGAUUUAGUUCGAAUGUGGAUUGCAUUGGGUUUCAUUCAGCCGUCUCAAGCAAUGACUAUGGAGGAUAUCGGAGGAAGGUAUUUUGAUGUUUUUGUCAAAAAAGCUUUAUUUGACAAAGUCGGAGAUGACUACAAGUUCAGAUAUAACUACAAGGUCGGAUAUAACUACAAGAUGCAUGAUUUAAUACAUAAGUCAGCAUCUAAUUAUUUUGCACAUGAAUGUGGUAAACUUGUGGAUGAUGAAGAGUCAUCUCUCAAAAUUUAUUAGACUAUUCGACACUUAUCCGUUAGAACUACAAAUCCAGGCAUCUUAAGAAAGAUUGAGAAGUUUAAGCAUUUGCAUUCUCUUUUCUUGUUCUAUAAAGAUUCUGAU